AUGGGUAUCAAAGGGAUCUACCAAGAGGUGGGCGAAGGCGAACGAGUGGCCUUACUGAAACUCGCCGCCGAGUCACUAGAGAAGCAGGGACGGCCUUUACGAAUAGCAAUUGAUAUUGCGAUUUGGCAAUUUCAAAAUCAGGCGGCGCAAGGCGGCACGAAUCCCGAAAUUCGAACUUUAUUCUACCGACUCGUUCGUCUACUGGCAUGUCCAGUCGAGCCCAUCUUUGUCUUCGACGGUCCAUACAAGCCUGCGAUCAAGCGCAACAAGAAAUCCGGUCGAGGCGACUCCUUCGCGAAUGCACAAGCGAAACGAUUAAUUCGACUAUUCGGCUGCAACACCCAUGAUGCGCCUGGAGAAGCUGAGGCGGAGUGCGCUCUGCUGCAGAAACAUGGCGUCGUAGACAUGGUUCUUACAGAAGAUGUUGACGCUCUGAUGUUUGGAUGCACCAAAAUGCUACGUCAGUGGUCACCAGCAUCGAAACGCGACACAACACCGACGCACGUCUCUCUGUUCGAUACGGAGAAGAUGAAGCUUGACCAACAUGGCUUGGAUCGCGAAGGCAUGGUUCUUGUUGCUUUGAUGAGCGGCGGCGACUAUGAUCCUAAUGGGCUCCCCGGCUGUGGCAUCAAAGUGGCUGUUGAGGCUGCCAAAGCUGGCUUUGGCCGAGAUCUCUGUCGCCUGAAGGCGGUGGACAAAGAAGGGACAGCGGCUUGGAGGAAUUCUUUGAUACAUGAGCUUCGCACCAACGAGAGUGGUCAUUUCAAGAGGAAGAACAAGGCCCUGGCGAUACCGGAAACCUUCCCAGACUUCAAGGUUCUACGCUACUAUACACAUCCUGUUGUGUCCCCAGGAGAAAGUAUAGACGAGAUCCGAGAGAAGGUUCAUCUGAAAAGAGAGAUCCAGUUUGAAGACCUAAGAGAGUUUACGAGAGAGGUCUUUGGCUGGGAUUACCGAGUUGGCGCUCUCAAGUUCAUAAAGGUGCUUUCUCAUGCAGUGCUUGUCCAAAAGUUACAGGCUCUAGAACGACAUGACAACGCAGACUACGUCAAAGGGAUCGCAGGGUUCAGGUCCGAUCUCAAGAAUGACUUGGUGGCGCAAGUUCGCAUACAGCAUAUUCCAAGCGAAAUUGUGCCCAUCGACUUAUCCAAAGAGGAAGAUGAAAAGAUAGUGCAAGCUCGAGGUGGACUGGCACUGAACAGCGAUGACGAAAUCGACGAUGCGGAGAACAUCGAGGAAUCCACGGCGAAACGGCAGCCGGCUCCUUUUAACCCUUCAGGGCGGCAAGGUGUUUGGGCAUUGGAAAUAUUGGCGAAGUCGAGGAUACCAGAGGUGUUUGCAGACGCUCAGGUGAUGCAAAAGGCUGCAGAGAAGAAGAAACAGCAAGCAAAGGAACCAAAAACGAAAGGAACAAGGUCCAAGCCUGGCCCGAAGACGGGGAUGCCUGCUGGGGCGCUUAACAAGUUUGUGCGAGCAAGCAAACCUCAUACUGUCUCUACAGUGACUUCCAAGGCUCUACCCAAAGAGAACGAAAUCAUCACCUCGCCGAUCCGACCGACAACGUCCCGCCGCUUGCGAAUACCGUCACCUCUGGAGCCAAGUAAGCAAUCUGUGUCAACCUCGGGUAGCACCGUCAGGCAGACAACAACCCCUUGGACACUUGCCAGCUCACAGGUGACUCCUAGGACACGAAAGCCUGCAAAUGAACAGCAAGCGAUUGUUAUCACAUCUAGCCCGCCCUGUGCAGCAGACUCGCCUCCCCCUUCGCCUUCGCCGCGGCCAAGGACUCGUGUGCCUGCCUCUCGCGACUUACCUGAACCGAUGCGUGCGAUUUCUAUGUCAAGUGGUUCUCCGCAAAGGCUGAAAGACUCGGCGUUGAACGCGAGACGUGUAAACCCACCGACUUCUUCUCAGUCAUCUCAACCACCCAAGAUGAAACAAAUGUCUAUGGACAUGUUCACAAAAAAGACCAAGAACACGUGUUCCUCCCAGACUUCUGUUUCAAAACCUUCACUCCCAGCUUCCAAACAACACCAGCCAAGAUCUCAAACGAGCUUCGAUGAUGACUUUGAUAGUGACUCGUCAACCGAUCUUGCUCCCCUCUCCUCCCUCAUCUCCCGCUCCUCUGCAUCCCCCAACAAACGACAACAAUCGUCCUUGCCACCAGAUCGAAACGCAACCCCAAGCCCUGCUCCUGCGCGGAAGAAGAAGUUACUCAUCCCAAAGGCCAGCGCCAUGGGUUUCUACGAGGAGGUGGAGGUCGACGCAGAAGAGCGCGAUGAGCUGAUGGCUAGGGAAACAGCAGCUCUAGAGCGCAGAGGAGUUAAGGCUAAGAUUUUUCGGACGAGCGAUGUUGGAUUUAUAGACCUGACGCAGGAUGAUUAA